AUGUCUGAGCUUGAACAGAAUACCUCUUCCCCAACCCCCAGGGAUGAGAAAAUCAACCACUUCAUUGUUGAUGAAUCGCCCGUCCCUGGAAAAUCCGAUGUUCAUCGCGUAAAUCGCAAUGCCGAUCCUCUUCCCGAAUCUGGAGAUUAUAUCCCUGGCUAUGAUGCGGACCUCAUGCGAGCGCGUGCUGCACUGAGCUCUGAGGAGGAAAAGAAACUUCUGAGACGAAUUGAUUGGCAUCUAAUUCCACUGUUGGCAUUCAUGUAUAUGCUGAAAAGUGUGGACUUUUCAAAUCUUUCUUAUGCCUUGACAAUGGACAAGGGGACGCCCAACAAUAUUUUGACUGAACUUGGAAUGACUAGUAAUCAAUACAACCUGGUGACCGCCAUGUACUAUAUCCCAUACAUUCUUGCUGAGGCCCCGUCAAACCUUCUACUAAAGGGUGUACGCCCCUCUGUAUGGCAGGCUCGAAUUCAAGUCUCUUGGGGUAUCGUCCUCUGCUGCCAUGCAGCUGUGGUGAACAGACAAGGUCUAUACACCGUUCGGUUCUUCCUCGGUCUUUUCGAGGCAGGCUUAUGGCCGGGCAUGCUUGUGCACCUAUGUUACUGGUACCGACCGGAUGAGAUUGCCCCUCGAGUUGUUCUUGUGACACUUCUUGGGUGCUUCAGUACUGUUAUUAGUGGUUUACUCGCAUUCGCCUACAAUGGAGUCACCACGGCUGGCUUGUCAGGAUGGAAAUGGCUCAUUCUGACAGAAGGCAUUAUCACGGUUGUAUUGGGCUUCCUCACGUAUUUCUUUUUACCAGAUUUCCCUUCAUCUGCAAAAUGGCUUUCAGAAAAGGAACAAGCCUUUAUACAAGCUCGUCUACCUCGAAACUCCCCUCGGGCAUCUGAAGCAAACUUUGACAUGCAAGAGCUCAUCACAACAUUGAAAAACAAGAGAGUCUGGCUGUUUCUACUCUGCUGGGCCUUCUUCACAAUUGGAACUACGGGACUUACCUUCUACCAGCCAACCGUUAUAUCAAAUCUUGGCUUCACAUCCAGGGGUGAAGCACUCCUACUGAACAUCCCAUCAGCCGUAUUCGCAUGCAUGCUAACGGUCGGAUUUGGUAUUUUCGCCGAUACCGGCCGGAUCCCCCAACCCGCAAUCCCACUGGGAUUCAUGAUCGUCAUCGAAGCGUGCUAUGGUGUGCUCUAUGCAUUUCCCAAUAACGGCGGGGUGUACACGAUGAUGUGGCCUUGGCGUGUGCAGACCACCGAAGGCGCAACGGGCUCGGCGUUUGCAAUCGCAUUUGCGAAUAGCUAUGGUCAGAUCGGAGGGGCGGUAGGCUCCCAGCUGUUCAAUUCGCGGUAUGCGCCACAUUAUACCACCUCUUUUGGAAUUGCGAUGGGCUUUGUUGGGAUGGCUAUAAUUAUGAAUGUCAUCACCUGGGGAUUUACUUGGAAGGUUGAUGUUGAUACGCGGAGGAUAAAGAGGACUCGUAUUGCGGCGGCGAAGGAGAAUCAAGCGGUGUUGGAUGAUGUUGAUAUUCAUCGGGAUGAGAAGGGGAACUAA